AUGGUUCUGCUGUCAACUCUGCUUCGAUUCCAUUGUCAGCAUCUUGUGCUUCUCUCGCUAGGCACGCUUUCUUUUGCGAAGAAUGAAUGCCGGCCUUACAAAUGGAACAAAGACACUGGCGAGCCAAUUUCGACUUUCUCAAGCCCCGAAAACAACAAGGCCAGUGAUGAUGAUGAUGGCGACGACGAUGAACAUCCCAAGCCCGGGGACGUCAUGUGUAUCAAAGAAGUCGGUGCUGGCAAAGACGUCAACUACUAUACGUGCACCGCCAUGGCAAACGAGUACAGCAUCACCGUCGAGGAAUUCUUUGCCCUCAACCCAAGUGUGAAGAAGGACUGCAGCAACAUGGAGCCGAUGGGGUGGUACUGCAUUGAAGGAUACAUUGAACCGCUUCGUGCGUAUGACGGGCUUUGCGGCCCUAAGCACAAGAACGCAACAUGCAAAGGAACUGCCAAACCGUGCUGCAACUCUCUGACAUGGACAUGCGGCGAUACCAAAGACGAUUGCGCUGACGGAACUUGCUACGAGGGUUGGUGUUCGGGGGACCAGUCCUUCAGCACUGAUGGAACCUGCGGCGAGGCACAUGGCUACCGUAUGUGCGCCGGUAUCCAAGGAUCCUGCUGCAACUUAGACGGCAAGUGUGGCAAUGGCACUGCUUUCUGCGGGAAGGGUGUCUGUCAAUCCGGGAAGUGUGAAGAUUUGCAAAAGCCUGCCAAGCGAAGCACCGGAGACUCUGCGCUUCCCUGGCUGACGGGCACAACACCGGAUGGCACUUGCGGUGGACUCCAAGGCUAUACCUGCGGUGUAUUCUCGGGAAGCUGCUGCAAUAAAUAUGGAAAAUGCGGUUCCCUUCCAGAGGACUGCGAGGAAGGCUGUCAACCGCAGUUUAGAGAGUGUCGGCCACCUCAGUAUGCAUAG